UGCAGAAAGGCAAGCUUCACGUCUGACAUAGCCAACACUGCCAUUUCGCUGUUACAAUUUCCAUUUCCAGCAAUUCAGAGCCAUAGGCAACAAGGAAAGGAAACAGUUUCAGUGUCAACAACCAGAGGAGCUUCAUAUUUUCUGCACUCCAACGGCGACGAUCGCGUCUUUGAGAAAAGCAUAGGUAUGCACAUUUUGAAGCAAAGCAGGUGCGAGGUGGAAUAACUGAAGAAGACCAUCCAAAUGAAGAGGGAAGACUUUUCGUCUGGCGAUGCAAAGUGUUGAUGUUAGGGCGAUCUCGUUCAGACUAAGAACGAAGAAGCAUUUUAGGUUCAAUAAGCUAUUUAGCCAUUUAGCUUCUAUUUUGGAGGCUCUAUUUCAGCGUCAGGGAGGAGGCUUGAGUUUCCACCAUUCUAUGCAGGAUGGGAAGCGUCAUUCACGUUCUCUUGUUGGCCAACCCCUUGACUUCAUGAUUCAUCUGCCUUGAUGCUUCCUAAAUUCCAUUUUCAGCAAUUCAGAGUCGUCUUAGUUUCAGUGAGCUUCAUAAUUUCUAGAGAAACAACCACUAGGCUUGAUCAGUUCACCUUGUUCUUAUUUCUAUAUCCUCAUGUCUAAAGCAUUAGAAACCGUAAUGGAAUCGAGGGAGGAAUUCAUGGUUUCCCCUGUUGGUGAUAGUAAGCCAACCCUAAGAACCGCUCACUUUCUUAAACCCUCUCUAACCUCCUAUGGUAGACCGCGUUCUGAUAUUCUUUCAUCUUCUAUGUCUUUGCCACGUACAUUUGAACCAAAAAAGUGGCCUCUCACAGUGAAGUUCACUGGCUGGCAAUGCCCACCCAGGAAAUGGAUUCAUUGGGUGGAUUCCUUGUAUUCUACCUUCGAAUCAGUGUGGAAAAAAGUGGGUAUUAAAGAAGCAAUCAUGGGCAGCAAAUAUCACGUGUUGAAAGAUGAAGACUUGGCAUUUGGGAUUGCAGAGAGAUGGUGUUCUAAGACAAAUACACUGGUGUUUCCUUGGGGUGAAGCAACAAUCACUUUGGAGGAUAUGAUUUUUUUGGGAGGUUACCCUGUUUUGGGUGACUCAUUUUUUAGACCUCUUGAGGCUAAGGAAUUGAAAGAGGUAGAAGGAAAAUUGAUUUCAGCCCGGAAGGAAAUUUUUAAAAGCAAUAGGAAUAAGGCUUGCCCAUAUAAAUGGAUGAAUACUUUCAUGAACAGUGGGAGGGAAGUUGAGCAUGAGGCAUUUCUAGCUGCUUGGCUUUCCAUGUUUGUAUUUCCUGGGAGAUCCUUACUUAUAAAGAGUUUUGUGUUCCCAAUUGCCGUUCAUCUUGCUAGAGGGAAUGCUGUAGCUUUAGCGCCUGCGGUUCUGGCUAGCAUAUACAAAGAUUUGAGUCUGUUGAAACAAGCCAUUCUGGACUUGACAAAAUGUCUAGUAGGCGGUGAUGAAAAGUGCUUUGAACUUGUUCUUCAAUCACCAUUUUACUUGGUUCAAAUUUGGGUAUGGGAGAGAAUUCAUGUUUUGCAGCCGAAGCCCAAGCUUAUCAAUGCUGGCGACACAGUAAUGAGCAGGUGGCAUAGAGUUAAGGCUUUGAAAAUUGACGUGAGGUCAGUUCUAGACUCUGCAAUGGAAGAAUUUAUAUGGCGUCCAUAUGCUAGAUUCGGAGGUAAGAGUAAAAAUUUUUUUCCUGAAAAUUCGUUGUGUAUACUGCUUGAUCAUACUUUGGAAGAAGAAAUAGAGUCUUUUAUUAUAUGCAUGAGAGUUUCUGAGCUAGUUGGACUUGACUGUAUAGAACAUUACCUCCCACACAGAGUAGCCAUGCAAUUUGGGAUGGAUCAAGACAUUCCUGGCUUUGUGGCUCGGAGCAGUGAGACUCCUGAAAUUGCUUGGUCCAAUUACAUUAGACCAAUGAGGGAUAAAAACAUAUACAUACCAUCACGGUUUUUUGAGGCUGAUGUUACCACUCGUUAUGUUGAGUGGUGGAAGAAAUCAGUGUUAGAUCAUCAAGAUACAUUUAGGAAUCUUGUGCAAGGGAAGCGGAGCUCAAGGUCAACAAAGAAGAUGGAUGCUGAUGCUGAUGUUCCACCUGGGUUUUCUCCCAAAUGUUGCAGGGGAGGACUACUAAGAAAUAAUGGUUAUAGAAGUUUUAGAAAUGAUGAAACUGAUCAAAAUGUUGUUCUUUUAUCGCCAGUUGUAGCAAAUAAAACUGAUGAUUUAAUGGAAAUGAAGGUUGAAAUGUUGGCAAAGAUUGAAAAUAUCAAUGUUGUUAGAGGACCAAAGAAAGCUAAGACAGAUGCAAAAGGAGACGAUGGAAUCAGUUGUUUUUCUUCUAGUACUGAUAAUGAAAUUAUGAGAAAAAUGGACUUGGAGAUGAAGUCCCUUCCAAUACUUGAAAGUGAAACUUCAAUGCGAGGUCAAGAAGAAGAAGAAGAAGCUAAGAAAGAUGCAAAUGGGAUCCAAGAAUCAAGAGAAUUUGUGACUUUGUGGUGGACAAAAAGCCUUGUACCAUUGUUCUGCUCAUUACCUCUCUUGGUAGAGUUUUCUGAUUCCCAUGGUCAAUCUUCGAGCUUCAUGACAACGUUAAGGUGGUUAUUUGGAAAAGAGAAGAAGCAAGGGGAUAAAGUAGGAAAAUCGUAUUCUCUUAUUUUUCUUUCUUCAUUUAUUUUUGAUUUCAUUGAUUUCCCAUUCCAUUGCCUCACAAGUCUAGCUGAAUUUCCAUCUAGUUCCACUUCAUACAUUUUCCACUCUUUUAUUUUUGAGCAUGGCAUUUUCCAUUCCAUCCACUUUGGAAUUAUCACCAUUGUUCUUAAUUUUCCAGAUUUGAAAAUAAUAAAAUUUCCCUCCAAAAAUCAAAUAAAGCUCACGUGUUUUCCAUUUAAUUUCACUCCCACGGACCAUAAUUUCAACUGGCUUUGAUUCCACCUCACAUGUCCAUCUGAUUAGUUUCUUUAUUUAUUUUUUCAAUCACCGCCUCUUCUCUUAAGUCACAAGCUCUCCAUUCAUUCAAUUCACUCUCACACGCAAUCAGAUUUGGGGCACACAGCAUUCACUUCGACUUCGCCGCCUCGUUUUCUUUGUCUCUUGUCUAUCAAUCCUGUUUUUUCAUUCUUUCUCUAGAACCAGCCACCGUCGUCACUCACUUUCCUCAUCUUCUCGCAAUUUCUGGACUGAAUCAAAAAUCCAAUCCGUACAAAUUCAUCCUCUCAUCUUUCUCUACAAAACAUUAUCUUCAAUUCUUCAGUUCGCUUCCUUUUCGGUUGUGUGAUUCUUCAUCUGCGAGUGAGCAAUGUCCAAGACUUUUGAAGAGCAAAUUAGAGGCUUGGAUAUGGAGUUUUGUGGUUAGACUUUCUCAGUUCCAAGGAGCAUGUGUCCUGGGGUCUUCAGAGGAGAGGAGUUCGUUCUACCUUAGUUUUUCUAUUUCAACAUUGCUUAGUUUUAAUUUAAUUGUUAAUUUGGAGUUAUAGUGAUGUAUAUGACCUAUUGGAUAUUCAUUUGAGAUAAUUAAACUUAUAAUUUGAUUGUUGGACUUGGAAC